AUGGAAAGGCUGGGUCUGUCGGAAGAGCAGCCUGUUACGCCUCUGAGCAAACACAUCUUGACAAAGGCCCAUCUGGAGGCUUUCCAAGCUUCUCAAACGCACAAAGAUGUUGUGGAUACCGUUGAAGAACUGAACACAUCCAUCGUUGGAAUCAAGCUUGGUCAGGCCGGAGAAGCGUCACCUGCUGUGAAGAGUAUAUUGGCUAUGCUGGACGAGGUGGAGGAAAUUGCCAAAUCCAUACCGCCCGUGGACAACUCUGCAUCUCGGUUUGGGAACCCUGCCUUCAAAACAUUCUACGACAAGGUGCAAGAGGUAUGCCCUGCAUUACACUCUAAGUACCUCUCAUCGGUAUCAGAAGAAAGUAGGCCGGAGCUUUGCCAGUACUUUUACGAGUGCUGGGGCAACCGGACACGAAUAGACUACGGUAGCGGAAUGGAGCUCAACUUCCUUUGUUGGCUCAUUUGUCUGCGUAAACUCGAUGUAAUCGGCAAGGAUGACAACCAAAAUGUUGUGUUAUCCAUCUUCUGGCGCUACAUCGAGAUCAUGCGUCAUCUUCAGUCAACCUACUGGCUGGAACCUGCUGGCUCGCACGGAGUCUGGGGCUUGGAUGAUUAUCACUUCCUGCCUUUCCUUUGGGGUAGCGGACAGCUAGCCAAUCAUCGUCACCUUCGACCGAAAGCUAUCCAUGAUCCCGAAAUCUUGGAAGAAUUCUCAAAGGAUUACAUGUAUUUGCAGUGUAUUCAGUUCAUCAACUCGAUCAAAACCGCCUCUCUCCGAUGGCAUUCACCAAUGUUGGACGAUAUAUCGGCUGUAAAGACGUGGGCGAAAGUCAACGAGGGCAUGAUCAAGAUGUACAAGGCCGAGGUUCUGGGCAAAUUGCCGGUCAUCCAGCACUUUUUGUUCGGCAAGCUUCUACCUGCCCCGGACCUCUCGCAUCUGCAGACCGGUGAGGUCAGCUUUGACGAGCAUGGUCACGUUCAUAAUCAAGAAGAGAAAGGAUGGAGCAUGGACUGUUGUGGAAUCCCAGUACCCUCGGCCUUUGCUGCUGCUGCUGCCAAGACGGAGACCCCGAAUGUUGGGCUAUUACAGCCUCGAUCCGGCGUCAAGCCGAUUCCUUUCGAUUAG